GGCCCCAGCAGGACAGGAGCGGUCACAGCAGGUUUGGCUCCUGCAGAAGGGAGGUGGCAGGGAUCAUGAUGCCAGAGGAGAUUCGGAGGCUUCUGGAAGAUGUUGAAGGUUACCUGGCAGAGGGACUGCAGAAUGAGAACCUGAGUGCUAAAGCAAGGGAGCAGAGGGAUGCAAUUCUCUUUGGCUUCCAGCAAGUCAAAGCCAGGUACCACUUGGAAUUUCUGCCCCGAGGAGAGGAUCAGCAUGAUGCUGGCUUUGGACAGGACAGUUCUGAUGAAAACCAGAGCUGGAGUUUGGCCCCCUCCAUGACAUCUGAUGCUUCACUUCCAUCAGACUUCCAGGAUGAGGGGCUGGAGGAGAUCACCCCCAGGCCUGUCCAAGGGAACAUUUUGAAGCAAGGAUAUCUGGAGAAGAAGUCCCGAGAGCACAGCUUUUUUGGGUCAGAGUGGCAGAAGAGGUGGUGUGUCCUCCACAGAAAGACUUUUUACUACUAUGCCAACGAGAAAAGCAAACAACCUAAAGGCAACUUCUCCAUUGAGCACUACAGUGCCCGGGUGGCUCCUCACCUGCGCAGGGACUCCCGCAGGAGAUGCUGCUUUGAGUUAACCUGUCCUGGCAAACGCUCCUAUGAGUUCACAGCCCCAAGCCCAGCAGAGGCUGAAGAUUGGGUGGAUCAGAUCCAGUUCCUCCUGAAAGACCUGAACUCCUUCACCAUCCCCUGUGAUGAGGAGGAGGAGGAGGAGGAUGAAGAGCUCUACAAUGACGUGGACAGUUCUGACUCUGUGCACACAGCAUCCCACAACAGGACCCUGAAUCAGGAGGAAGCAGACAUGGAGAUGGAAGAGGAUGACAUCUAUGAGGUUUUGCCAGAGCAGGACCUGGACCACCCCUGCCCCGAGGACAAGGAGGCUGCUGGGAGCAGACAGAGAAGAGACCAUGGGAAUGAUUUCCUCUCCCUUUUGGAUGAGCACCCCAUGGGGUGA